AUGGCUCAAUUCGAUCGAGAGCCCUUCGGGGACGAUAGCGUGGUGGGCAUUGAAAACUGCAAAAAUUCUAGUGUGAUAUCCUCUACCGGCAUAAGUGUUCAUGAUAACUUAAAUGAACCCCUAUUAGAAAACCAUGGAGAUCAAAAUACAAAUGGAGUGUAUGAGCAAAAGGAUCGACAGAAGCAUACAAAAACAAUUGCGGGGGAUAAGACUUCAGUACUUCAAACUGAAACAGUAAACGAUGAUAUCACAGAGUAUAAUUUUAAUGUAAAUGAUCAAACCGAGGGCAAUAUUUUAAUAGCACAAGACAAAAUUAAUACAAAAGAAUCUCUGAUAAAAUGUAGCCCUCAAAUAGAUACUGAGAAACAACUAAGCGCAAAUAAUACAAAUAAUAGAGUACCGGUUUGCUACCAGAAGACAUCUAUAGAAACAACCAGUGCUCCUUCUUCGGAAUGUGCUAAUUAUAAUUUUGUCGACCAGAAUACUCCACAUUUGACUGCAACCACAUCAGCUAAAUCAAACAACGAGAUAAACGCCAAAGUCAAUAAAUUAGACAUAAGUGUUCAUGAUAACUUAAAUGAACCCAUAUUAGAUGACCAUGGAGAUGAAAAUAUAAAUGGACGACAGGAUCGGCAGAAGGAUGAUAAAACUUCAAAACUUCAAACUGUAAUAGAUAUUGAUGAUAUUACCGUAUAUAAUGUUAAUGUAAAUGAGCAAGCCGAGGACAACAUUAAAACAGUACAAGACAAUAUUAAUAUAAAAGAGUCUAUUACAAAAUUUAGCCGUCAAAUAGAAAGCUUGGAAUCAAUACAAGAGUCGCAAACGGACGUCAUCAUACCAUCACUAAAAAGCCCAAUUGGUGAAAAUAAUAAAUUAGUUUCCAAAUCUUUUAAUGCUGUAAGCCCAAAGAAAAAUUUGCUCGAGGAAGCAAAUAAUAAGCCACUCAGCCCAACAAGAACAUCUAUUUUAGAACCUGAGGAACGGCUAAGCCCAAGUAAUACAAAUAAUACAGUACCGGUUGGUUACCAAAAAGCAUCGUUAGAAGCAACCAAUUCUUCUUCUCGGGAAAGUGCUGAUUACGAUAAAGUCGAUCAGAAUCCACCAAUUUUGACUGCGACCACAUCAGCUAAAUGUAACAACGGAAAUAUCGUCAAUGCCAAAAACUUAGACAUAAGUGUUCAUGAUAACUUAAAUCAACCCAUAUUAGAAGACCAUGGAAAUGAAAAUACAAAUGCACGACAGGAUCGGCAGAAGGAUACAAAAACAGCUGUGGGUGAUAAAACUUCAAAACUUCAAACUGAAAUAGAUAACGAUGUUAUUACCGAGUAUAAUGUUAAUAUAAAUGAGCAAGCCGAGGACAAUAUUAAAACAGUGCAAAACGACAUUAAUAUAAAAGAGUCAAUUACAAAAUGUAGCCCUCAAUUAGAUAGCUUUGAAUCUAUACAAGAGUCGCAAACGGACGUCAUCAUACCAUCACUAAAAAGCCCAAGUGGUGAAAAUAAUAAAUUAGUUUUCGAAAUCUAUUAAUGCUGUAAGCCCAAAGAAAAAUUUGCUCGAGGAAGCAAAUAAUAAGCCACUCAGCCCAACAAGCACAUCUAUUUUAGAACCUGAGGAACGGCUAAGCCCAAGUAAUACAAAUAAUACUGUACCGGUUGAUUACCAAAAUGCAUCUUUAGAAGCAACCAAUUCUUCUUCUUUGGAAAGUGCUGAUUAUGAUAAAGUCGAUCAGAAUCCACCAAUUUUGACUGCGACCACAUCAGCUAAAUGUAACAACGAAAAUAUCGUCAAUGCUAAUAACUUAGAACAAGUACAAGGGCAUAGUCGGGAGUGGCCAACAAGAAUACACCCUCAGCUACCGAUGCAAGCAUUCGAAUCAUGUAUACAUGUUUACUCAAGAUUACACAUGCAUAUAUACAAAUACCCAAGCAAGCAGGCUGCCCACAGCGAACCUAACAUCAAACAAAGCAUAAUUACUCUGUUAAAAGUAAGGCGAGUCGGAAAUACAAGACAUUUAUUCUGUCAGAUGUUCUUAACACAAAUACUAAAAAAUACAUUAGAAGAUUUAAAUCUAAGCCUUAUGGAUGGCCCACUACAAUGGGUGGUUAACUACUUCCCCUCUUUAAGAACGGCCGUCCUCGGCCUUUAAGUAGCGAUAAAAGCUGACAAGACCUCGUCUUGACGAAUUGUAAGUCCUCCUCUCUCAUCUGCUGGAGAUAUGGUAGAGCUAGAGCCGAUAUCUGUUUUUUACAUUUCUCGAUGAUCUUAUCAGAGUUUUAGAAUGAGGGUGUUGUUUGCAACCAGAACAGAUGGCGAACUCUUAAUGUAGGGGUUAAAUUCUUAAAUGUAUUAAAUUAUUAUUGAAGAUAUUUUGAAAAUAUUUGAAAAUGGAUUUUCGAUCAGCAUGACCCUUGAAUUCUUUUGACUAGUAUAGGUACCCUUGUGUCCUGGAAUUUAUAACGAUUUCCGUUUUGAUUGAAUCGACCAGCUGGGCCUUAGUGCGAUUGACAACCUUUAGGGCCUUGCCCAAGAAGUCAGAACUUGUCACCAUCCUAUUGUGCACGUUUAGAGCGGACCUCCAAAACCUUACGCACAUGAAAUUGUUGAAACGUGUUCUUCAUUUUCAAGUUCUACUUACUUGCGCAUAUUCCGUAGAGUGAGACAUAGUGAUUGUCCCUUACAAGUACAUCGUCGUCCAAAAUUGAUAAA